AUGAUCUUCCUCGUGGGACUUCACCUGCACAAGACAAUGCCUGGGAAGUUAGAGGCUCUCACUCUGCAGUCCACGCUUUCACUCCCGGGCCAGUUGUGUUCUCUACACCAUGCUGAGGAUGUGGAUAAAGCCAAGGAGAUGAUGCAGUCCUCUCCCAGUUUUGACAAAGAUACAUUAAAUUCUGAAGAACAUGUACUGAUAAGUGCACCAGUCUUGCCAGCUAUGAGUACAAGUUGUUCCAUGUCUUAUCCACAUUGUUUUUGUGGAGAGUCAAGCCACUGCUCUGAGGAUGGCUGGUUUGCAGAUUGGGAUCUAUACUCCUUUUGUGUAUUUGAGAGCGUGGACAACCUGAGAUACUACCAAAGAUUCAAUUGUGCCAUGAAGAAGAGCACAGAUGUCUCCCAGAUUUUGAGUCAGAGGAACACACAUGUGGCUUCAGGAGAUGUAAACAACAACAACCAAGACAAAGAUAUAGAGGAGGUAGACCAACCCUCACCAAGCUUGCUGAGGGAGAAAGGGCUAGAACUUGAGACCUAUGAUGGUGGAGACUGCCCUGACCAGGAUCCUGUUUCUGACAGUCCCAGGAACCUAAGAUGCUGGGCGUGGCUUCAAAAGACUUUUGGACAAAAGAAUAAAAAGAAGUGA